AUGCCUGAAGGACGUCAAUCCCCUCCUCCCGAACGCCAGAGCGGCCGCCAGCUCCAAGAUCCCACAGGAUCCGGCAAGGGACCCAACUACGACAAGUCAGAAAACAAAGACCCCAAGAGCCAGCUUGAUAAUCUCACAUCCAACCCCAAGGGCCCCCUGGACGAUGUCCUCGAACACAAGUUUUCCAAGGAACCUGGAAACUGUGAGUAG